AUGCCGGCCACCGACGGAAGACGCAACUGCAACCGGUUGUCACGGCAACCAGAAGAGGCGUCAACAUCUCUUCCAUUUCCGAGUCGCAUUUUCGAAUUAGGGUUGCACCACUCCUUUUUCUACCUCCUCCAGUCGCUUUCCUGUUGCAUCCUGCGCCCAAUAAUUUGCAGCCGAUAUGGUGAAACUAUACCAUUCCCUCUUUAUCGUCUGCCGCCUCACCUGGCGCAUUCUGUACCUACUUACCCGAAGCCGGCCGGCUCGAUUUCAACUCCCAGGACUUUCUACAUUCCAUCCUCUUUCCCCUGCCCGUCUGCCCCCUUUCUGUGCUUGCCUUCACACCAACCACCCAUUCCGGCCGACAGGACUUGGGUAAGGAGCCUAAUUAACCAUGGGACAGGAUGCGUGUGCAAGGCCAGUGGGAGAUCGCGUCAACUGGCGGAUUCGUGGGCCAACCAACGCUCUUCUGUCGGGUUGGCCGAGCCGAGCCGAGCCGAGCUGAGUCAGGACUCCAUCCCCGGCUAG